AAAUUAGAAGAUCAAGAAAUGAAAUUUUAUUUUGCCAAGAGUAACAAGUGCGAAGAGUAACCUAAUUAGAAAUAGAGUCCCAUAUAAAAUACGCUGGUCUGAGCUUUCCCUAUAGCCGCAGCAGCAGCACCCCACAGAAACCCUAGAGGAAUUUGCAGAAACAUCCACCAUGACGUUCAAGCGUAGGAACGGAGGACGCAACAAGCACGGUCGCGGCCACGUCAAAUUCAUUCGUUGCUCCAACUGCGGCAAAUGCUGCCCUAAGGAUAAGGCAAUCAAGAGGUUUCUCGUGAGGAACAUUGUUGAGCAAGCUGCAGUCAGAGAUGUGCAGGAGGCUUGUGUCUAUGAGCAAUACACGCUUCCCAAACUGUAUGUGAAGAUGCAGUACUGUGUUUCGUGUGCUAUCCACUCUCAUGUUGUUCGGGUUCGAUCCCGCACUGACAGGAGAAAGCGUGAGCCUCCACAGCGAUUCAUCAGGCGCAGGGAUGAUGCACCAAGGCCUGGUCAGCCUGGUCAAGCACCUCGUCCUCCCGUUGCAGGAGCUCCUGUCCGAACCUAAGAGCAACCUAAGAAAAAAAGUCUUGAUGUUUUUGCUGAAUUAAAUUAUAAGAAAAAUUGCUGUGACUUAAUUUGAAAAUCAGUUUUGUGGAGGGAUAUUUUGUUCUAAUUAUUUACUUUAGUCGUUGGAUAUUAUUUUUCUGGUUAUAACUUCGCCGCUUUUAUGAUAGUGGAACCUGAUAUCUGUUUUUAUAUUGCUUUAAGGAUGGUAGGAAGAAUUUGAGAGUGAUGUAGGUAUUUGCUUUAAAGGAUUUAAACUGAUAUGGAUUUGGAAUAAUGAAUUUGAGGAAGACGUCAA